CUUCUACAAAGUUCCGUUUCGAGCAUUUUCUACGUUCGGAGAAUAAACGCGGGAGCACCGCCAGAGGUUUCUAGAAGCAGCAGCGUGCCGUGCGGCGGAGCGGACAUCCACCGGCAGACUGACAGCGAGACCUCCUGUUCUAGGCUGUACUCAGCAGUCGUAAAUAUUCUCUCUCUGUUCACAAAUGGCCAAGUGGGGAGAAGGGGACCCUCGCUGGAUCGUGGAGGAGAGAGCCGACGCGACGAAUGUCAACAAUUGGCACUGGACCGAGAGGGAUGCAACCAACUGGUCUUCGGAUAAGCUGAAGUCUCUGUUGCUGGGGCUGAGCGUGGAGGACGGAGAGGGACGGUGUGAAGUGACCGAGGUCAGCAAGUUGGAAGGAGAGGCCUCCAUUAACAACCGCAAAGGGAAACUUAUUUUCUUCUACGAGUGGAACCUAAAAGCAACCUGGACUGGCGAGUCAAAAACUGGAGUAAAAUACAAAGGUUCAAUCGAAGUUCCAAACCUGUCUGACGAGAACGACAUGGAGGAUCUUGACAUUUCCAUCGCGUUGAACAAGGACGAGCCCGACACGCCCCUGGUCAACCUGAUGAAGACUAAAGGAGCCGAGAAAGUCCGCGAGGCCCUGGGGAGCUACGUCGGCUUUUUGAAAACAGAAUUCACACAAGGCAUGAUCCUGCCUACCGCUAACGGCGUAGCCAAGCCUCAGUCAGCCUCUCAGUCCAAAGCCAAGCUGGAUAAAACUCAGGUUUCCUCAGGAAGCAGCACAGUCGCUCCUGUCAACACGGGCGUAAAGAUCCCCACCUGCAAGUUCACCAUCAAAGACACGUUUCUGACCUCACCGGCCGAGCUCUACAGAGUCUUCCUCAGCCAGGAGAUGGUUCAGGCGUUCACACGCAGCCCUGCCACGGUGGACGGAGAGAGGGGGGGCAAGUUUCGCCUGCUAGAAGGAAACGUCUUUGGAGAAUUCACGGAGCUGGUACCCGAUGAAAAAAUAGUUAUGAAGUGGAGGUUUAACAACUGGCCCUGUGAACAUUACGCAACCAUCACCCUGAUGUUCUUGGACCGGAGCAGCGAGACCGAGCUGAAGGUGGAGUGUAGAGGCGUCCCCAACAGUGAAGAGGAGCAGACGAAAGGCGGCUGGAAGAGAUACUACUUUGAAGCAAUUAAACAGACUUUUGGUUAUGGAGCGCGACUUUUCUGAAGACGCUGUACUGUAAUAACUUCUUUUUUUUUAUGUUUUGUUUUUUGUUUGUUUGUUUUUUUGCCCCUCUGGCGCAGAAGAGUUUUCCACGAGUUAAAACAGACGACUCUGUCACUGUAUGUGUACAUGUGUAAUUUCUGGAACCAUCUAAUUCUUGAAUUUUCUCCGUCAGUGUUUGGCUCGGUGCUUUAAAAGAGCAGAAUUGGACUGUGCCUUUUGGGACAGGAUCACAACCUACUGAACCACUGAGAAUUGGCAUCGAUUUCUUUUACAAAGAAGCCAGAACUACUUGAAAACUAUUCAUUUUGUACUCAUGUUAGUCAUUUUGAGCCGCUGUAGUAAAGAUGAUUUUAAACUAA